GGUUUAGCCGCGGUGCCUCUCUUCUCUCUCGCUUCUUCAUCUAGGGUUUCCGGAUCUCUCCGGCCUCGUCGCCUGCCUCCGCCGCGAGACGCCAUGGACUUCGACGAGUACGAGUACCUGGAGAAGACGGUGGAAGCGUCCGGGCAGCCGGCCAACGGCGCCGCGGCUCCCGGGCCUGAGGAGAAGGAGCGCAGCUCCCGACGCCGCUCCUCGGGCCGCGGCGGCGGCGGCGACGAAGAGCGCGACGACGGCGAGCGCAGAUCCAAGCGCUCCCGGUCGGAGGAAGGCCGCGACCGCGAUAGGGACCGGAACCGCGACCGGCACCGCAGCAGCCGGGAGCGGCGCGAUCGUGACCGCGACGAUAAGGAGAAGGAGAGGGAGAGGGAGAGGGAGAGGGAGAAAGACAAGGAGAGGAGGAGCCGCGACCGCGACCGCGAGCGGGAGCGGGAGAAGGAGAAGGAGAGAGAAAGGGAGAAGGAGAGGGAGAGAGAGAAGGAUAGGGAGCGGAGGAGCCGGAGCCGGUCGGAGCGGCGUCGUGAUGACGAAGAGCGUGAUCGCUAUCGGGAACGCGAGUACCGGGACCGCGAUGUCAGACGAAGGAAAGAAGAGGCUGCAGAACCGGAAGUUGAUCCAGAAAGAGAUCAAAGGACUGUGUUUGCUUACCAGCUAUCUUUGAAGGCGGAUGAAAGAGAUGUCUAUGAGUUCUUUUCAAGGGCUGGAAAGGUCCGUGAUGUUCGCCUCAUUAUGGAUCGAAACUCGCGACGUUCUAAAGGAGUUGGGUACAUUGAAUUCUAUGAUGCUAUGUCUGUUCCAAUGGCAAUAGCUCUUUCUGGCCAGCUGCUUCUUGGUCAACAGGUGAUGGUUAAGCCUUCAGAGGCUGAAAAGAAUUUAGUUCAGUCAAAUGCUUCUUCAAGUGGAGUUGCUUCAGGUGGAGCAAGGAAGUUGUAUGUUGGAAAUCUUCACUCCAAUAUUAAUGAGGAUCAAUUGAGACAGGUCUUCGAACCAUUUGGACAAGUGGAGCUUGUCCAGCUGCCACUUGAUCCACUGACUGGGCUAUGUAAAGGUUUUGGUUUUGUGCAGUUUGCACGCCUUGAAGAUGCAAAAGCAGCUCAGAGUUUAAAUGGGCAACUUGAUAUUGCUGGAAGAGUAAUUAAGGUUUCAGCUGUGACAGACCAAGCUGGUGUGCAAGUUAGUGGAACAACUACUGGAGAUUUGGAUGAUGAUGAAGGUGGAGGCUUGGCACUGAAUGCUAGUUCCAGAGCUCUUCUAAUGCAGAAAUUGGACCGCAGUGGCACUACAACCAGUUUGUCUGGUGGGAUGGGUGCUACUGGUUUAAACACUUCCGUAGCAAUACCAACUGUUUCAGUCCUUGGUGCUCCUCCAGUUGCAGCUCCUGUUCUGCGCCCUACAGUGCCCGGUCUUGGUCUGGUUCCUCCAGUUGCAGCACUUCCACUUACUACCCAAUCUGUUGAGGUGGCUCCAUCUAGUGAAUGCCUAUUGCUCAAGAAUAUGUUUGAUCCAGCUGUGGAGACGGAUCCUGAUUUUGAUUUGGAUAUUAGGGAUGAUGUUCAAGAGGAAUGUUCCAAAUUUGGCAAAUUAAAACACAUUUUUGUGGACAAACAUACUUCGGGCUUUGUCUACCUGCGAUUUGAUAGUAUAACAGCAGCUAUGAGCGCACAGAAAGCACUUCAUGGAAGAUGGUUUGCUGGAAAGAUGAUUACAGCAACCUUUAUGUCUCCUCAGCAGUACGAAAUGAAGUUCCCGAGCUAGUGGGCAGAGACGCUUGGUUAAAAGCUGGAGAUAGUUGCUUCGGCCUCAUGUACUGGCUUUUCUACUGCAUUUUAGCAUUAGUGGAGAAAAAUGAUUUAGAGGUUUUCUCCUGUAACAUUAUGCCGUGAAGCGGCUUGUAGCAUGGAUUAUGUAUUGCUUUGGUAACUAACAUAUUCGAUUCCAAAAGUGCCUUGUGCGUCCAGGUGUUACAUAUUUAUGUGUAAGCACACAUAACGGAAAAGGGGGAGCAUAAUGUUUACGCGGCUGCUUGGUGUU